AGAGCGCGCAGGUGGAGGCUGUUUCCUCCCUGUGUUUUGGUUUCUCCGGAAAGUCCUCCUACUAGGCUGGCCGGCUCCCCCAAUUCUUUUAAGAGUUGGUAGUUUCCACUCCUGGGCGAGGCGCUGCACCUGAGUUCAGAAGUUGGCGGAAGGAGAUGCCGCUUUGAGUGAGGGGCGGCUUUGUGUUGGACGAGACCACUGAGGAAAGUCGGAAGAGGGGGGGGGGAGAGUCCGAACUGAGCGAAGAAAGAGAAGAUUGGGCUCUGCCGCCUUCUCACCACCCCCUCCUUUGGCUUUUUUGUUUUGUUGCUGCGGUCCGACCCUCAAGUCUGAGGGAAGAAAGCGGCGGCAAUGGAGACUUGGAGGAUGAAGCCUAGGCCGGCCAUGCUGCUCUGGCUCUGGAUUGGCGCCUGGAUCUCAGAUCCUGCCACCACAAUAGACGUCACGGUCCAGAAUCCCUUCAACAUAGCCAUCCUGUUUCAGCCGGUCGUUCUGCAAUGCAACUACCAGACCUCAUCUACCCAGCCACCAAUUGUCUUGUGGAAGUACAAAUCUUAUUGCCGGAGCCGCCUGGCAGAUGCUUUUAAUCCCAGUGGUCAAGAGACUCAGAUCACCAACCAGCUGCAGCAGACCAACCCUGGAUACAAUCCCUAUGUGGAGUGCCAGGACAGCUCCCGGACCGUGCGCGUGGUGGCUACCAAACAAGGCAACACGGUGACUCUUGGGAACUACUACCAAGGUCGGCGCAUCACCAUAACCAAUGAUGCUGACCUCAGUAUAGAACAGACGGCUUGGGGAGACAGCGGGGUCUACUACUGCACUGUGACCUCCUCUCAAGAUUUACAAGGCAACAAUGAAGCCUACGCUGAGCUCAUUGUAUUGGGAAAAUCCUCCGGUGUCUCAGAGCUUUUGCCAGGCUUUCAGAUAGGGCAUAUGGAAGACUGGGUCUUUGUCGUCUUGGUGGUGCUGGGGUUCUUUCUGAUUUUACUGCUCUUUGGGAUCUGCUGGUGCCAGUGCUGCCCUCACACCUGUUGCUGUUACGUCCGAUGCCCGUGCUGCCCAGAGAAGUGCUGCUGCCCGGAAGCACUCUAUGUUGCAGGAAAAGCUGCAACUUCCGGGGUCCCCAGUGUUUAUGCGCCCAGCAUCUAUGCAUCCAGCAAUCAGUUGAAGCUAGCCCCGCAAACUGCUAUGGUUCCCAUGGGCCCAGUGCCUCCUAUGUACAAUGGUUAUGGAGUGGAAUAUGACAGGGCCAGCUCAGUUGGUGGAAACAGCUCACAGGUGCCUCUGUUGAGAGAUACAGAAAGUGCUGCUGUGCGCAGUGGCUACCGCAUUCAAGCCAACCAGCAGGAUGACUCCAUGCGGGUGCUCUACUACAUGGAGAAGGAGCUGGCCAACUUUGACCCCACCCGCCCAGGCCAGCCUAAUGGGAGGCUUGAGAAAGCCUCUGUGAUGAGCGAGUUGAGCUCUCUGCAUGAAGAUGAUCGGCGCUAUGAACUGCGACAGGGCUUGGGGCGGCUGCGAGGGCAGGCCAUGUCCCCCAUCAGCGAUGUGGAAGAGGAGAGCCUGCGGAGUGGUGACAAUCGCCGCCUGCUACCACUUGCGCGACGUGACUCCCCACCACGGGGCUAUGGCAGACGUCCCCGUUCCCGCUCAAUGGAUGCUCUAGAUGAUUUGGACCAGGACCCUUACCCUGCCCGACCCAGAAGCCGAGGCCGCCGGGGCUCAGACGAGGAAUGGCAUCACCGUAACUAUUCGCCAGACUCCCGCAAUGAGUAUCCACACUACGGUGGGCGCCGGAGCCGAAGCAGGGAUGACCUGCGAGACCUAGAGCGCCCCCACUAUGAUGACCAUUUCCUGGAGGAAGCCCUGCGGAGAAAGCAGCGGGCAGGCAGCCGUGAGGAUCUAGAUCAUUCAAGCGCCUCAAGCGGGAGAUCCGGGAACAGGAGAAAACGAGACGAUGAUAACAAUGGAUUCCCUCCUCCACCACCUCCUCCUUACACAGAGACUGAGUCUGUGUCCUCCCGUGGCAAGAACGACCGCAAACUUCGGAAGAAUCAUGCUGUCAGCAGAGAAAGUUUAGUGGUUUAACUCAUUCCACUUACUGCCUUGCCAUUGGUUGGAUGACAGAAUCCCUGUAUUGGCUCCGAAUAACAGUCUCGGUUGUUUGACUGGCAUUCAUUUUAUUCAAGAGAGUUCCUAAGACAGAGCAAGUGAAGCUCCUUUAAACAUCAUCAAUGACAAUGGGACAGAGCAUCUGGAUAACUCUUAAGGAAUUGAUCUCUCUGAGCCUUAUUUUAAUUCCUAUCAAAUGCAGACCGAGAUUCUGAAAACGUAGCUUGCAUUACAGGAUAAUUUUUACAAUGCUUUUUUUUUAAAAAAAGAAAUACCCGUUUUAAAUUUCAAGUCUGGAUCCUGUUUUUAAAAAAUGUAGUGUUCUAAUAGGAGAACACUUGCAAUGUAGCCCAUCAGCACUGGGGACAGAAAUAAUAUUUUUUUGUUCUACUGAAGAUGAAAUGGGACCUGCGUGUCAGUUUGCCUCCAAAUUUUUGAAGAUGUUUCCAAAGAGGUCCAACUCAGCUGUGCAUUUUGUGUGUGUAGGCUUUAAAUACAUUUGAUACUUGCAUUGUGUGGCUUUCUGUGUGAGAUGAGGGGGUUUUUUUGUCCAUUUUUAAAAAUAUUAGAUAUAGAACCACUGGUGCUGUAAAUAUGUUGAAGUGAUAAACAGCCAUGUUUUAAUAAUAUGUGUAAUUUUUGUUGAAAUUGCUCUUUUGUAGAAAUGAAAAUAAACUUGAUAAACUGGAAGUCUUGACUAGAUUGAGACAUGUUGAUAAUGCCUUUUAAAAUUGAUCUUAUGUUGAA